AUGGCUGAAGCAAUUCAAGCCGGAGUUCAGGCCGGAGUACAAGCCGCCUUUGCCGCCAACGCAGCACACGCCGCUCCCGUAGCUCCACGCCAGCGUCAACAACGCAACAACAAUCCAUUGUUUGAUGAACAAGACGACGACGACGAGAAUCCAUUCGGCGACGAGCAUCAUCACCAUCAGCAACGACCCGAUAGGCAAAACAGAAACAACGACGACACUCGUUGGACGAUGGGUAUUAAAGUUGAAAUACCAGAAUUCAACGGGGGAUCAAAACCUGAAGAGCUACUCGAUUGGUUCGUGGCUGUCGAUGAAUUUAUAGAAUUCAAAGACGUCCCUGAACAGAAGAGGGUACCCCUUGUGACAACUCGUUUUCGCGGCCACGCUGCAUCAUGGUGGCAGCAACUCAAAACAUCACGGACACGUCGUGGGAAAGAAAAGAUAACAUCAUGGGACAAGCUUAAAAAACAUAUGCGGAAAACCUUUAUCCCAUAUAAUUUUGAGCGACUCUUGUUUCAAAAGUUCCAUAACAUCCGCCAAGGAGCACGUUCCGUUGAGGACUAUGCAAACGAGUUCUAUCAGUUGCUUACACGAAUCGAUAUCCACGAUUCAGAGGACCAGUUGGUGGCUCGUUUUAUUGCAGGUUUACGACCUCAAUUACAAAACAUGCUCCAUCAGUUUGAUCCUUGUUCUGUUUCAGAAGCACGACAGAGAGCCGUCUUACUCGAACAACAGACACGUCAAAACAACAAUCAAUGGACGGGAAAAUCACGCAACACAGUCACUGCUGACGACACCAAGUCAUCCGCGGGACGUGAUACGACAUCAGCAGCAACAGGAUCACAACCCACCACGGCAGCAGCAGAGGCAAGACCAUCUAGACCUAAUGCUCUCCGUUGUUUUACGUGUGGUGAACGAGGCCAUAUCCAGACGAACUGUCCAAACAACCCUGGACGUCGUGGAUUACUAGCUUGCGACAAAGAUGGCAACGAUGACCCUCUAUAUGAUACAGAGGACGAUAACGUAGAAGAAGAGCAAGUUCUUGGUGACACGGGAACACUUCUAAUGAUUAGGCGAAAUUGCUUUGCUCCUAAAACAACAGAGGCUUGGCAAAGAACGUCACUAUUCAGUUCAACGUGCACGGUCAAGGGCAAAAUUUGUCGUUUUGUUGUGGAUUCAGGGUGCUCUGCGAACGUCGUUUCUGAAGAAGCAGUACGUAAACUGGCACUAACAACCGAAAACCACCCUCACCCUUAUCGUCUCCUUUGGAUGCAGACAGAUGCAGAAGUUUUUGUCUCAAAACGAACUCUAUUGAUGUUCUCUAUCGGCUCCUUCUACAAAGACACUUUCUAUUGUGACAUAGCCCCGAUGGACGUUUCUCAUAUCAUCUUAGGACGUCCUUGGCAAUACGAUAGGGAAGUGAUACACAAUGGUAAAACGAAUACACAUUCAUUCAUGUUUGAGGGACGUAAGAUUACUCUGCUACCAGCACCGGAAACAAGCAACACACUGUUGUAG